AUGCCUCAAGGAUUUGAUACGAUCGCCCUUCACGGUGGCUACGACCCCCACGGUGAUGAAGCGGUAUAUGGUCUCGGUCAGGGUGCCCCCCGCGGCGUUCCCCUCUACCGCACCGCCCCUUACCAGUUCAAGAACACCGAGCACGCUGCCAACCUGUUCGCUCUGAAGGAGCUCGGCAAUAUCUACACACGUAUCGGCAACCCCACCACCCACGUCCUCGAGUCGCGCGUGUCCCUCCUCGAGGGUGGCCAUCCCCUCGCCGCUGUCGCCACCGCCUCCGGAACAUCCGCCAUUUUCUACUCCAUCAUCAACCUCGCCCAAGCUGGCGACAACAUCGUGUCCAGCAACAAGCUUUACGGUGGCACCUACACGCAGUUCAACGAUAUCCUCCCCACCCUAGGCAUCACCGUCAGGUUCGUCGACAUGAACGAUCCCGAGAACAUCAGGGCCGCUGUUGAUGACAAGACCCGCGCUGUCUUCUGCGAGUCUGUGUCCAACCCUGCUCUCGAGAUCUGCGACUUGGAAGCCAUCUCCAAGGUUGCCCACGACUACAACAUGCCCCUCAUCGUGGACAGCACCUUCUCUACCCCGUACCUGACCAAGUGCUUCGACUUCGGCGCGGAUAUCAUCGUCACCUCCCUCACCAAGUGGCUCGGCGGCCACGGCACCGGCGUCGGCGGCAUGUGCAUCGAGAAAGGUGGUUUCAACUGGGCCACCGGCAGGCACCCGCUCUUCGACACUCCGGACACCUCCUACGGCGGUCUCCGAUGGGGCCACGACCUCCCCGAGACGCUCGCGCCCCUCGCGUACAAGCUCCGCAUGCUCACCGUCGCGCUUCGCAACAUCGGAGCCGCCCAGUCCCCCGAUAACGCGUGGAUGUUCCUCCAGGGCAUCGAGACCCUGUCUCUUCGCAUGGAUCGCCACUGCGAGAACUCCCUCAAGGUCGCUGAGCACCUCAAGGCACACCCCAAGGUCGCCUGGGUCAGGUACCCCGGCCUCAAGGACGAUCCCGAGUACGCCAAGAACGUCAAGUACAUCAAGGGCAAGGGUGGCGGUAUGGUUAUCUUCGGCAUCAAGUCCGCCGACGCGCGCAAGGCUGGUUCCACCUUCAUCGACUCCCUCAAGCUCAUCAGCCACGUGGCCAACGUCGGUGAUGCUCGCACGCUCGCGAUUCACCCCGCGACCACGACCCACUCGCAGAUGAGCCCAGAACAGCAGGCGGCGGCUGGCGCUCCUCCCGACAUGGUCCGCCUCUCCAUCGGUUUGGAGACGGCCGAAGACAUCAUUGCGGACAUUGAUCAAGCACUUGAGCAGGCAAACUAAGCGAAGAAGAAGGAAGGGGCUGGGGGGAGGAGCGACGUUGUGAAUAAGAACGCCAAGAACCGAUGCUGCAACACAUAGUUUGUUUAAUAUGCACUCAAAUUCAAACGUCCAUGUC